GCCACUGAUCACGCUGAUGCUGCGGAGGAGGAGAGAAAGGCAGCCCGCUGUCCAAUGACAGCGCUGGAUGCUGGAAGAGGCUGCUGGGCUUGAAUGGAGGCGACGAGAUGCCAUCUAGAAUGACCAAGGAGGCCAAUUGACAUCUAAAAAGAUCUGACUUUGAUGUGUCCUAAGCCACGAUUCAGACAUGAAAUAAGUCAUCCAUGUUUGGCUGAAAAAAGUCAGAGCAAUCUCAUUUGAGCACGCCCCUGUUAAAGGACCCUCUGGUGGCUACUCCUCUGAAUCACGGGACAUGUACGGCAGUGCCAGAGCUGUAGGUCAUGUAGAGAGCAGUCCUGUACGGUCCCCGCGCCUUCCAAGGUCUCCCAGACUGGGCCAUCGAAGGGCACACAGCGGGAGCGGGGGUGGUGCGGGGGGCAAGACCCUCUCCAUGGAGAACAUCCAAUCACUCAACGCUGCCUAUGCUACUUCAGGGCCCAUGUACCUGAGUGACCACGAGGGCGUGGGCUCCACUGCCACCUACCCAAAAGGCACCAUGACUCUGGGUCGCGCCACCAGCCGGGCCAUGUAUGGGGGCCGCGUCACAGCCAUGGGCAGCAGCCCCAAUAUUGCUUCAGUGGGGCUGCCUCAUGCUGACCUUCUGUCUUACAGUGACCUGGGCUCCCUCUCCAUGCUGCACGCCCACCACCACCAGGGGGUGCCCUCGGCUCUGCUCAGGCAGGCCAUGCGGGGCAGUGGUGGCGAGCUGCUGGAGAUGCAGGCCCAGCUCAGGGAGAUGCAGAGGGAAAAUGAGAUGCUGCGGCGAGAGCUCGACGUGAAGGAGAGUAAGUUGGGAUCUUCCACCAACAGCAUUAAGAGCUUCUGGAGCCCCGAGUUAAAGAAGGAAAGGAUCAUGAGGAAAGAGGAGGCGGCUCGCACGUCCAUCCUGAAGGAGCAGAUGAGGGUCACUCAUGAGGAGAAUCAGCACCUGAUGGAUGCCAGGAGAACCAAGCAUCUCCAGAUGACCAUCCAGGCUUUACAGGAUGAACUGCACACACAGCGAGACCUCAACCACCUGCUUCAGCAGGAGAGCGGGAACCGAUCUGGCUCAGAGCAUUUCACCACCAUCGAGCUGACGGAGGAGAACUUCCGCCGGCUGCAAGCUGAGCACGACAGGCAGGCCAAAGAGCUUUUCCUUCUUAGGAAAACCCUGGAGGAGAUGGAGCUAAGAAUAGAGACCCAGAAACAAACGCUUGGUGCCAGGGAUGAGUCCAUUAAGAAGCUGCUGGAGAUGCUGCAAAGCAAGGGGCUGCCUCCUGGGCCGGGCAGAGCAUCCGAAGAGGAAGAGCAGGAGAGAGCGAGGCGUAUUGCUGAAGCAGAAGCCCAGCUUGGACACCUGGAAGUCAUUUUGGAUCAGAAGGAGAAGGAAAAUAUCCAUUUGCGUGAGGAACUGCACAGAAGAAAUCAGCUUCACCAGGAUCCCAGUAAAACCAAGGCCCUGCAGACCAUCAUAGAGAUGAAAGAUACCAAAAUUGCUUCUCUGGAGCGCAACAUUCGAGAUCUGGAGGAUGAGAUCCAAAUGCUGAAGGCAAACAGCUUACUAAACACAGAGGACCGAGAGGAGGAAAUCAAACAGAUGGAGGUCUACAAGAACCACUCCAAGUUUAUGAAAACCAAGAUUGACCAACUGAAGCAGGAGCUGUCAAAGAAAGAGUCAGAGCUGCUUGCUCUGCAGACCAAGCUAGAGACGCUCAAUAACCAGAACUCGGACUGCAAACAACAUAUUGAGGUCCUCAAAGAGUCUCUCACUGCCAAAGAGCAACGUGCUGCCAUCCUGCAAACAGAGGUGGAUGCUUUACGCCUGCGUCUGGAGGAAAAGGAAUCCUUCCUGAAUAAAAAAACUAAACAGCUGCAGGACCUGACCGAGGAGAAGGGAACUCUUGCUGGAGAGAUCAGAGACAUGAAGGACAUGCUGGAGGUUAAGGAAAGGAAGAUUAAUGUCCUGCAGAAAAAGAUUGAGAACCUGCAGGAGCAGCUGAGGGACAAAGACAAGCAGCUGGGAAACCUUAAGGACAGAAUCAAGUCUCUGCAGACCGAUUCCAGUAACACAGACACUGCCCUGGCCACCCUGGAGGAGGCACUCUCAGAAAAGGAGAGAAUUAUUGAGCGAUUAAAGGACCAAAGGGAGAGGGAAGACAGAGAGCGUCUGGAAGAAGUGGAGUCCUAUAAGAAGGAAAACAAAGAGUUGAAGGAGAAGGUCAACAGCCUGCAGAUAGAGCUCACAGAGAAGGAAUCCAGUCUGAUUGAUCUCAAAGAGCAUGCUUCAUCACUGGCGUCUUCUGGACUUAAAAAGGACUCAAAGCUUAAGUCCCUGGAAAUUGCCAUUGAGCAGAAGAAAGAGGAGUGUAGUAAGUUGGAGACGCAGUUGCAAAAGCAAGCUGAGCAGCUAUUCAGUCACAUGAACAAUCCUAAGGCUCAUGAGGUAGACCACCAGCACUCAGGCUCCCGAGGAAAUCCGGAGUAUGUGGACCGUGUAAAGCUGCUGGAAAAGGAAGUGAGCUACUACAAAGAUGAGGCAGGCAAGGCUCAGUCAGAGGUGGAGAGGCUGCUGGACAUACUGCGAGAGGUGGAGACAGAGAAAAACGACAAGGACAAAAAGAUUGCUGAGCUGGAAAGCCCCCCAUCCACUGCCCCACGCCACACCCCUCGUUCUGGUAGCAGAGGGCCCCCUGACCCGCUCCCCUCUGUGUCUGCUGCCCCUCAGCAGAUAGGGGGCAUGGUGUGGGAUUUCCUGGGAAAGCAAGGAGGCAAGGAUCAGACCAAGAAGGGUUCCAACAUCAAACUGGGACUACAAGGGGACAAAAAAGGCUUAGGACAAGAUCCUCGUAAAGACAGCUCCUUAGAAGGUGGUCAUCACUUAAAGCUGGAGGAGCUGAUGAGCACACUGGAAAGGACAAGGCAGGAGCUGGAUGCCACCAAGCAGCGUCUCUCCUCCACACAGCAGUCUUUGCAGGAGAGGGACACCCAUCUGACCAACAUGAGACAGGAGCGCCGGAAGCAGCUUGAGGAAAUCCUUGAAAUGAAGCAACAAGCUCUUUUGGCAGCCAUCAGUGAGAAAGAUGCUAAUAUUGCAUUACUGGAACUGUCUGCGUCCAAUAAAAAGAAGACCCAGGAGGAGGUGCUGGCCCUGAAAAGAGAGCGGGACAAACUAAUGCAUCAACUUAAACAACAUACACAAAGCAGAAUGAAGCUGAUAGCUGACAACUAUGAUGACGACCAGUAUCACCCACAUGGCCCUCACCACCAGCCACAGCCUCCACACGCCCAGCCUCAACCACAGCCACAGUACCCCCACCCUCCCCACUCUCAGCAGUCUCCUUAUCAACAUUCUCCACACCUGCAGCACCCACAGCACCUGCAGCACCCACAGCACGCACAAGCCCCGAUACAGCAUCCGCAUCCACAGCAACCACAGCCCCAGUACCCUCAGCACCCACAACACCCACAACACCAACAGCACCCUCAGCAUCCUCAACAUCCUCAACCAAUUCCUCAACACCAACAGCAUCCACGCCCCCCACAGCCACAGCACCCUCACCAACAGCACCCCCAGCAUGUGCCACAGCACCCACAUGGACAUCCUGCUCCACAGCAUCCUCAUCCCCAGCACCCACAUGGCCCUCCCCCACAGGGACAACACCCUCAGCAUCCCCACCCUCAGCAUCCCCAACAUCCACACUCUGCUCAGCAUCCUCGUCAUCCAUCACCCCACCACCGUGGAGGGCCACCCAGAGGACCCCCACAUGCUGAUCACCGUCCCUCUCCAGAUCAGGAUGAUGAGGAGGGCAUUUGGGCAUAGCUGGAACAACCAAAGCUCUAAUGUUGAUUUUAGGGGAGAUGCAUUCGCUACUGGAGGAGCAUGGCCAUCCUAAGAUGUUGAAACACCACCCAAAUGAACAUUCACCACCAUUAUUGAAUCUUAACUUCUGAACAGUGGGGCCUUUAUUUAUUUUAUUUUAUUACUUUUUCUUUGUUUUUUUCUGAGGAACAAGAGGAGGUACUCAGGUUUUCAGUUCCUGCAAGGAGACCGGCAGCUGAACAGGUGAGGUGAGGCCUUCGCUUUGUGUGAACAGGAAGACCAUCCUCCAAAUGAUGUGCCAAUGGAAGCACUGAGGACAAAUUACUGGUUUAACAGACAUGGCUACCAUGGCAAUCCUGCAGUAGCGGUGUCAGAGAAGUCACCUCACCUGUCCAUCACCUGCUGAAUGACCCCUUUUUUCUCUCAUCAAACCAUGUUGAUUUUAAAAAUUGUCUUGCUGCCUCUUUAACCUAAAGCUCUGACCGGCUCGUAGGCCUGACUCUCAGUUUCGAUCUGACCCCUCAGCUUAUCCCUAAAAACCCUAAGAGUGUCUUCUGUUGUCUAUUUCAUAGACAACAGUUAUUUGAGAACUGGUCACACAUUAGGCAUUUCUUCCUCUAAUGAUGAUGUCUACAUUGACAAGCUUAUUAACACAUUUGAGUCACUUUAGAUUUUCUGUUGCAAUUCCUCGUUAGCACAAGGAAGAACUUAUGGAGCACCUUGAGGGACUGUGCAAACCACUGGUUUUAGGAUCAAGAUUAAGCUUCAAGGUAGUGGCUCCUAUCAGCAUUUUUUUCUCCACAUUACCUCAUUUCAGUUAUAAAUAGUAAAGAGAAAAUAAUCAGUCUAUGCAGAUAUCAACAUAGAGAUAGUGCAUUUUUAUUUUUCCAUGUAUAUUUAAAUAAAUUCCAAUUGUAUUAGACCAAUCAGAGCUGCCAAGAAAAGCGGUCAGAAGAUAUUCAUUGGAUUCUUUUGAUUUUUUUGAGACUAUGCACCUCCUCUGUGUUGACAGGAACUUUCACUUAUGGUGCUUCUGCUGGUGCUCAAACUAAAUGGUGUCAGAAGAUCUAAAUAGAGCAUCUUUUUGUCCUUUUACAUUAGAGGGACUUGCUCCCACAAUGGGCUUCAUAAACAACAGUACAAAACUGCUUUGUAUAUUAUAUGUACAGGUUAAAACGUGGGGCUUUGUGAACAACGAUCAAACAUUUUCUCAAGAAAUAUGACUACUAAAAGCCUCCGAAUAGACUGUGAAGCGAAGUAGAUGUUUUCUCUUCAGAUAAAAGUGAUUCCAGUAACACCCCAGCUUCACUAUAAGUCCUCUCCCUUCUUUCAUAUUCUUCCAGCAGUAGCCUGUAUGAUCUCCCCACAUAGUGACUUGUUUUCUCCUUCUCAACAAGGUGGUCUGUGCCUCGUCGAAUCUGUAUACAUAAGAUAGAUAUGCAUAUAUUAUACAUAUAGAGAUAAAUCUAUAGAGUGUGUCUAUAUGUGGUCAGAAAAAUAUUUCAAACUAAAAAGAUAUACUACAUUUUUUUUAUGGUUAUUUUUAUAACUGGCUGGAAGUCAGAGAUAUUUCAUUUAGUUGUGAGAUUGUCCUCACAUUGUUAUGCUGUGAAUAAACCCUUCAGCAGCAAUUUAACAUUCCCUGUCUGGAAAUACAGACCAGCUCAGUAAAAGAAAUGAUUAUUCCAUAAAUUUCAGAACUUCACUUUAGGGGGAAUUCUACCCAAAUUUAUCUAAUGGUCUAGAAAAACUGUCAAUAUUACAUUCCUUUAAAGGGAUAGUUGGGAGUUUUUUUAAAUGGUUUCUGUGGAAUUGAUAUCAACAGUUGGACACUAAACUGUAAUUUACAGUAUAGCUGACUGAAUAAGGUUAGUGUUGGAGCAGGACGUUAUUUCAAAUAAGAGCCAUGAUCACAACUCGUCUGACUGGUCCAGUUUCCCAGCUGUUUGUUCUGGCUUAUCAAUUACUUUUAUCAAAAACUUUUCUGCAGUGUGUGUAAAUGCCAUCUAAUUAACUCUUACAUAAUAACAAUUUUAUAAUAAACGUUGUUUUCCACAGAAGUAUGUUAUUAUGUUUGCAGCAGGGUGUGUUUCUCUGAGUUUUUUUUUCAAUGAUGGCAUUUAAUUUUUAAUAGAAGAGGUAAUACAGAAAAAAAAUAUAUAGUUAAAAUACUUUUUUUAAAUAAUCUAUGAACAAUUUACAGAGAUUGAAUUGACUUGGUUUAUAAUUUUACACAUUGUGUGGGUGUCGAAUAAGAUUUGUUUUUCAGGGGGGUACCUAAAUGUAGAAUUACUGUCAUACACAAUAUGCUUUUUGCUUUUUCUCAACCUACCUAAAAAAUAAUUUUCCCAUAAAGUCAGAACAUUUAGGGAAAAGCCCUAAAGUGCAAAAUAUUUGAUCGCCCCCUGCUUUCAACCCCUGCGUUAAUUCUGAAAUGUAGUUUUAUAUAAAUGCUUAGAAAAUAAGUAAUAAAUUUUGAGAUUGGAGUGAUUAACUUAACUUGUUACUACAAGUUAAUUAUGUUUUUUUUUUCUUUUUUUUUUUUUCUUUCAAUUACUUUGCACAAAGAAUCAGUGUGGUUUAGACAGCUUUUGUUUACCUCAAUACAGCUUCAGAAACUCAUUUGACAAAAUAUUAUUUAGGUCCACUUUUCCUUAUUUGAUAAGAUUUUUUUCACAACCUGAGACAUUUAUGAAAGGCAAAAAAAACACAAAAACAGGUCAUCUGUAAAAGUAAAUUAGCAAUGUAUUAUCCGACUGCUGAUAACAAUUGCCUGGAAUUCUAUUUAGACAAUUCCCAACAAUCGCUUUAACAUUAAAUCAGCUCAGUUGAAGACUUUAACCUGUGGUAACAAUUUUAAGUAAAUUUUUUUUAUUAUUAUUUUGGGCUGUAGCUCUCACGGGUAGCAGUUAGAUUAUUUCUGCUGCACUCAGCAGGCAAGAGGCUUGCACUUGUAAAUGAGGACAGUAUCCUCCAAAAAGAGGUUUCAGUGACUCUGUCUGGAUGCAUUUCUCCUUUGUGUAUUUGUUGUUGUCAUGUAAACUGAAGUGGUGAUGUAUGUGUGACCAUAACAACUGAUUUAGGUAGAAAAACCAUCAGGUUGUUACAGUAUUAUGAGAAAGUGAAGCUGACUGUUACUAAUGCCCUCCUCCUUCCUUGACCCUACCGGUGUCUGUGUUGGUUGUUGUAAACAAACAUGUCUCCAUCUCCUCACACCAAGGUGAUUCACUAAUAAUUUUUUACGCCUAUGAUUCCCACUGAAGCAGCUCCUGUAACUGAACAAGAACCAACAGAUUACAGACUAUGUGGUUGUUUGUUUACAAAUGUUGAUUAAAAAGGCCUUUUUUUAUUGUUGGGAAAGAGCGCAGACAGACAGAGGAGCAUAAAUCCUCUUACUUCACCAUCAGGGGUGGAGUACUAAUCCUCCAUUUUCAGGUCCUUAUCUACUGAAUACUUGAAGUAGGGAGUUUUCCUACCAUGAUAUAGCAUACAUAAUUUAAAUAGUCGACAACAUGGAAUAUUUUAAUUGUGCCCAUGCAUGCUGAUUUUUACAUGAUGUGCCAAUUGAAGGUGAUGAUGUACGUUUAAUCUGCUGUACUCUAUGCAGUGAUUGCUCUAUUGUCGUGUCAAAAAAAAAAUAUUGAAAGAAA